AUGAAGCUGUAUCGAUUCCUCAUCUUUUGCCUUCCUUUUCUGGCAGGUGCAAAAGAAGAUGACAAUCAAGAAAAGAAUGUAACUUGUGAUCCCAAUGUCCACAUUAUUGGGGGCACACUGACGAAAUCGAAUGGUAAUGCAGUGGACAGCAUCCUGAGGUUCCAGUGUCCAGAACACACCUACCCAUACCCAGUGUCAGAGACAAAGUGUACGAGGAGCGGGCACUGGUUCAGGCUCACUUACAGACGCACCAAACCUAUAUGCAAAGAGUUUCAAUGUCCAAUGCCUGUACUCGAAGAUGGAAUGAUCAGACCACAGAACCUUUCCUAUGCUAUCGGGGAAACUGUUUAUUUCGAGUGCUAUGAUGGAUAUAAGCUUCAAGGAUCAGUUAGCAGGACCUGUAUGAAGAAUGGGCGAUGGAAUGGGACAAUAACUAGCUGUAACUCUGGAUCACAAUACUGCCCUCAUCCUGGGAUCCCGGCUGGAGGCAGGAAAUCUGGAGAGAAUUACAUGAUCGGCAGCAAGGUGGAGUAUGUCUGCAACAACCACCUGGUGCUGGUAGGGUCGAACGUGAGGCAAUGCCUGGAGUCGAGGGAGUGGAGUGGGAGAGAACCCAGCUGCCAACACAAAAACUCCUUUGACACUCCAGAAGAUGUAGCAUCAGCUUUCACAGCCUCAUUUACCAGUAUGCUGGGUAUGACUCAAACUGGAGAAGCAAAGCAGCCAGCAUCCACUGCCCGCAAAAUUACUCUCACCAAGGAUGCUCCACUUCAUAUAUACAUCCUUCUAGAUGCUUCCGAAAGUGUUGGUGAGGCCAACUUCAAUGAAGCCAAGAAUAUCAUAAAGAACCUCACUGACAAGAUUGCAAGUUUUGACAUUCAGCCCAAAUUUGGAAUUAUAUCGUAUGCAUCAGAACCAAAAGUAAUAUCUGACAUCAAUAUUAAGGAGACAGCCACAGCCGAUGAGGUCAUUUAUCAGUUAGAUAAUGAGGAAUCGGCACAGUAUGAAGUUCAUGCUGACAAGAGAGGCACCAACAUUCAUGCAGCGUUCAAGAAGGUGUUGGAAAUGAUGGUCCUCUCAAAGAUCAUUUAUAAGGAUUCCUGGAGCAAGACAAGAUUUGUCACCAUAUUAUUUACUGAUGGGAAAUCGAACAUGGGAGGGGACCCUAAGACAGCAGUCAGAGAAAUAAAGGACUUUAUUUUUGCACAAAAUAAAUCGGAAGAUUAUCUUGAUAUGUACUCCUUUGGAGUGACGGAUGGUGCCAAUAUGCUAGAACUGAACGCGCUAUCAUCUAAAAAACACGAUGAGAAACAUUGCUUUAUUCUUAAAAGCACGACAGAUCUGAUAAAAGCUUUUGAUGACAUAUUAGACUUUAAGCAAAUUGGUGAUUUGUGUGGAGUUGCUGAUGAAAAUGAAGAGAAAUCCUUUAGAUUGAGACACCCCUGGCACAUUAUCAUGGAAAUUCCGGGUAUCGGUAGUUGCAGUGGAUCCAUUGUGUCCCCUGAAUGGGUCUUGACGGCCGCUCAUUGCUUGAAAGAAGUGCAGACUAAGUUGGAUAUUGAUAAGAUUACAGUGCAAAUUGGUGAUAAGUUUAGUUUUAGCUAUGUGAAAGACGUGUAUAUACAUCCACAGUACAACCUAUCAGGGCUGCUUGAUGAGAAAAUCUCCCAGUUUUACGACUAUGAUGUGGCAUUGCUUAAGUUGAAGAAGAGAAUAGACUUUGCCGACACAAAAAGUCGAUCCAUCUGUUUACCAUGUACAAGCGAAACAACAAGAGCCAUCCGAAAACCAUUCCCAGGAACAAACUGUCGUGACCACGAAAGCGAACUGUUACCGACGACCAGAUCAGUCCCAGCAAGCUUCGUGAAGCGCGACAGGGGGAGAUCAGAGACUGAGGCAUAUGUCACGAUAAAGACGACUGAGGCUCUGAGAGAUGCCUGUGAGGCGAACGCACUCCAUGCUGAAGAGUACAAACAUGUUACUGAUGUGCAGACGGUGGUCACAGACAGAUUCCUCUGCACUGGAGGACAAGACCCUGUCGCUGAGGAGGUAUCUUGUAAAGGUGACUCGGGAGGUGCCUUAUAUAUGGAGAAAAAACGACGAUUAAUUCAGGUGGGCGUUAUAAGUUGGGGAGUUAUUAAUGUCUGUGAUACUGUGAACGCAGACAAGAAUCACGCUCGGGACUUUCACAUCAACUUAUUCAAGGUGUUGCCAUGGUUGAAAGAGAGACUUGGGAAAAUUAUGACAUUCAUAGAUUAG